GGAUUUUGGCCAUCGCCCUCCUCUCCAUCCCCAGCCCCGCCGGGCUCGGAGUUCCCCCGCCCGCGGGGGGCGGGAAGGCAACGCCUCCCCCGCUGCGCGGAGAAAAUGAAAGCGGCGGCUCCCGCAUCCCCCGGAGCGCCAUGGACGCGCUCCCGGCCGAGGCCUCCUGCCCCAUCUGCCUGGAAUAUUUCCGGGACCCCGUGUCCAUCCACUGCGGCCACCACUUCUGCCGCUCGUGCAUCGAGCGCUGCUGGGAGUGGCCCACGGCCGGGUUCGCUUGCCCGCGGUGCCGGGACACGGCCCCGCAGCGGAGCCUCCGCCCGAGCCGCGAGCUGGAGCGGGUGCUGGAGAUCGCCCGGCGCCUGAGCCGCGGGGAAGCCCUGGGAAGCGGGGACGAGGAAGAGGAAGGAUGCCGGAGGCACCGGGAGCCCCUGGAGGUUUUCUGCAAGGAGGACGGAGCUCUGCUGUGCGCGAUCUGCCGCGAGUCCCGCGCGCACCGCGCCCACACCGUGCUCCCGGUGCCGGAGGCUGUCCGGGAAUUCAAGGAACAAAUCCAGGCUCGGUUGCAAACCCUGAAGGACGACAGAGAGAAACUCCUGGAGUUCCGGGAGGCUGAAAUGAGGAGAAACUGGGAGUAUUUGGAGAAGACCGAAGCCGAGCGGCAGCGGAUUCUCUCCCAGUUCCAGGGGCUGCGCCUCUCCCUGGAGGAGCUUUCCCGUCACCUCCUGGCUCGGCUGGGGGACCUGGAGAGCGACAUCGGGAAGGUGCAGGAGGAAAACGUGACGAGCCUGACGAAGGAGAUCUCCCGGCUGGACACCUGCGUCCAGGAACUGGAGGAGAAGUGCCAGCAGCCAGCCAGGACCUUCCUGCAGGACAUCAGCGGAACCUUGACCAGCCUCGGAGAGGAAAACCUCCAGCUGCCCCCGUCGCCUCUUCCAGAGCUGGAAAAGAAAAUUCAUCACUUCAGGGAGGAAAAUAUUCUCCUGGAGGAGACACUGAGGAGCUUCCAAGACAUCCUGAUGUUUGAGCUGCCGGAGAAAAUGACGGUGACGCUGGACCCGGGCACGGCUCAUCCCCAGCUCCUCGUGGCGCCCGACGGGAGCAGCGUCAGCUGGAAAAGCGCCCAGGAGCCUCCCGGGGACGGAGCCGGGGCUGGACCCGCCGGCACCGACCCCUCCGUGCUCGGCCGCGAGGGCGUCACGGCCGGGAGGCGCUGCUGGGACGUGCAGGUGGCCCCCGCGGGGUCCUGGGCCCUGGGAGUGGCCAGGGAGAGCCUCGGGAGCGGGGCAGAGACCCCCGGGAGCGGGGCAGAGACCCCCGGGAGCCCCGAGUGGGAGCUCUGGUCCAUGGGGCUCUGCCAGGGCCAGUUCUGGGCUCUCACCGCCCUGGAGCGCAUCCCGCUCUUCCCGAUCCGGGCGCCCAGCAGGGUGCGAGUGGCCCUGGACUACGAGAGGGGCCAGGUGGCUUUUUUUGAUGCUGAUAAGAGAAGUCUGAUCUUCGCCUUCCCAGCAGCCUCGUUCAAGGGGCAGAGCAUCCACCCCUGGUUCCUGGUGUGGGGCGAGGGCUCCCGGAUCACCCUGUGCCCCUGA